AUGGAUGGUGACACGUUUGGAAUGGGCAAGGAUGCGGUAGCUACGUUACAAGGUUUACCAACAGAGGUUUUGAUACGGAUUUUCAGCUAUCUUGAUGAGAAGGAUUUCCUUAAUUUACAGGAAAGUUGUAAACAGUUUGAACAGAUUAUAAACGAUGAAGAAUUAUGGAAAAAUCUGUUUGUUUCCCGAAUUUAUACGCAGUUCUUCCCGUCGUUCUCGAAAUCGCCAAAAUAUAGCAUUGAAUACAUCGAAAGGACCCGAGGUUUGAACGAGUGGCGCCAUAAUAGGGCUGUGAAAACGAAAUACACGGUUGCAACGCAGAACGUGCAUAAUCAGCUGGAAAAAGUUAUAUUUGAGUAUCCACGAUGUGCGUGCUAUAGCGACGGUGUGAUCAUGAUUGUGCAAUUGCACUCCAAGAGGCGCAAGGACCGUUUGACGUAUAUGCCGUGCACGACACCGCAGGGUUGUUCGACGAUGCAUUUUAACAUCAAUGCUGCUGUUUUUGGCCGGUUUGAUGGACGCGUGUUUGGGAAAUUGUUGACAAACAAGUCUCAUUUGUCGCCCGUCACUGAAUUUGACGCGUUGCAUAGUGCGUGUGUCACUGCUAUAACGACCGCAGCGCUUGAGGACUCGCGUGAGGACUGGUGUGUGAGUGGAAGCGAAAAUGGUGAAAUCAUAUGGUGGUGUGAGGCCAAGAUGCGCAGGAAACUGCGUCUUUCGCAACAACCUAUUUUGCGCGUCGCAAUGAACCGAGACACAACAGUAGUCAUGGAUCUCAGGAGGAUUUAUGUAGUGGAACAAAUGGAAGCUGUCGAUGUCAUCGAUGUGCCAUACGAGCUGGCUCGAAAUCCGAAUCAAUUGCAUUUUUUCAAGAUCGAUUUUGGCGGUAAGUUGCUCAUCAUAGGAGAUACAAGGCGCAUCUACGUCAUAUCUAUUAAUCCACACAAAGAUUUCGGGUUCACAAGGUCAUUGGAAUUUGUUGAGAGAAUUCAAGACAUUGGCAUUGAUGAGGUGACCUCUAAGAGACAACAGAAUUCUCAUAUUGCCGGGGGAGACGGCUGUUUCCUCGCAAUAAUGACUGCGGACAACUCGGUGACUACAAUCAACAUUCGAGCUCCAGGGACAAUUUUACGAACUCAGACAAAACUGGAUUUUAAGGGCGAGCUUUUCGCAUGUAAAGUGAACAAUCUCGUGCUGGUGUGCGCGUUUAGUGAAAGUUUGGGCAUUUUUGACGCUGCGAAUGGUACUGAGCUCAGAGUUGUUCGCAAAACCGAAAAGAUUCCCCAAUUUUUAGACGUUUCGCAUGGCCGCAUGAUAGUCGGAAGUGGCAACGUGUUGAAUUAUUUGCAGUAUACUACCAACGAUGAGCCAACCAAGAGAAAGCACAGCGUCUCAUCCAAGACAAGGAGCAACAAGUGGACGGACGUUCUUCACACUCAAUUAGAUCUCUACAACGAAGACGAAAAGCAGCGGGUAGAUAGUAUACAGCGCUCACAGACUCUUCAACGAAGGUUUGUUGGAGAUGUGGAAGACGAAGAACUGCAAUUGGAGAUAGCCAUGAUGGAAUCUCGAGAUGUCCAUUCUCACAGUUUGCCUCAAGUUCACAAUGGUGAGGAGCAGGACGACGAGCUACUUCUUGCUCUGGAACAGUCCAGGCUCAGUUAUGAAGGAGACGUCAAUACUGAAACGCGGGAGAAUGACCAGGAACUGUUCACGGCUCUGAGGUUAUCCUCAGCAGAAAGUACCAAUCGUAUCAAUUCGAGACGCCUGGAGCGACGUAGAGCACCAUUAGGAGAAUACCUCGGCCCUGACUCAUCUCAUUUUGCCAACGAGGCUGGUAAUCGAAAUAGUCUAAGUCCCUCAACAAACGAUAUCACUCCGCAUUCCGCUGAUCGUCUCGAGUACGAUGAAGAUCUGCAGCUGGCAUUUGCCCUUUCUCUUAGCGAGGAACGAAACUGA